UCGUGCCGUCUUCCCGGAAGUGUGCAUCUUGUUUUGGUCUGGUAUUUCUGCAUUGCGCCGUUUAUUGUCUUUUAUGUGCGCGGUAUGGAUUUAGGGAGAGAUAAAUAUUUAUACUUAUUUGUGCACGUAGCAGGUACUCAAUGUUAUUGCACUGACUGUAAUGCAGAAAUAGUCAGAAUUUCAUCUAACGGUUAGAACACUAGCUGUGUAGCUAGCUCCGCCUGAGGCUUAUUUCAAAACGCGGAUUUGGUUUACAAUUUUAUUUUAGUUUAUUGAUCCAUAUAGUACAUUAAAUGUCACUGACGUUUGAACCAGUAAUUACUUUCUACACGUGUGUAGGAAAAGAUAAAGGUGUAAGGGCUAUUCAUUUAAAAUCAAUGUUCCAUGGAUUAUAAUUAUAUAAUCACAUCGAUUUCAAUGAACGUUAUGCAAAUUGUUAAUCAUGUUUAGAAAAUCUAACCUAAUUAAAAUUAAAAUGUAAAUAAAAGAAUGAAUAAAUAAUAACAGCUUGCAAAAAGCUGUAGUGGGCAGAUUUGGUUACCAUGGAGAUGACAGCUGAGAAGGAGGGAUUGUUUGUGGACCCAGACUUUACAGUGGAUGACUCCGCCCUUUUCUCGGACUACACCACGCCCCUUUCCAGGCUCACAGGGAAAGUCACCUGGCUCCGCCCACAGCAAAUCUGCAGGAGCCCAUGCCUCUUCCCUGAUGAUAUUACUGAGGCUCACCCAAAACAAGGAAUUCUGGGGGACUGCUGGCUGCUGUGUGCUUGUAACAUGCUCCUGAAGAGUCGCUAUCUGCUGGAUCAGGUGAUGCCCCCUGGACAGUGUCUGUGGGGGCAAAGAGGUUACACUGGGCAGUUUUGGUUCCAAUUUUGGAGGAAUGGUCACUGGACAGAGGUUCGGAUAGACGAUCGACUGCCCUGCAUCAACAACACCCCCUGUUUCUCUCACUGUAACUGCCCCGUGGCUUUCUGGGUAGCAUUGCUGGAGAAAGCAUAUGCAAAGCUCCAUGGUUCAUAUGAGCGUUUAUGGGCAGGACAGGUGUGUGAGGCACUUGUGGACCUGAGUGGAGGUGUUGCUGAACGCUGGAGUUUAAAAAAGUCUGUGAACACACCUGUAGGCCAGAGCUUGUUCCCAGAGCUCUCGGAGAAUAUAAGAAAGUGGAGUUACGUUAGUUGCUGUGUACACGAAGACCCAACAGGUGCCUCUGAGCAGGGUCAAUUCCACGCUCUAAGUGUAAUUGAAUGGAAAGAUGUGAAAACAACUGCUGGAGAACAAGUGCAGCUGCUCCGGAUACGCAAUCCAUGGGGCAGGAGGUGCUGGGAAGGAGCCUGGACUGAAGGGGGAGCAGGGUGGACUAUGCUGGACCCCGUGUGCUCUGCAGCUCUUUUGGGCAACACAAAGGAGGGGGAAUUCUGGGUAGAUAAGAGGGAAUUUCAGCAGAAAUUUGAUGACAUCACAGUAGGAUAUCCAAUCAGUGAGGAUCAUCAUCUUCAGAGCAUUUACACAGGGUCUCUCUUGACUCAUACCCAGCAGAUAGGCGGCUCCUGGAUCAAAGGUUUCUCAGCAGGUGGUUGCCGUAACAAUAGUAGCUACAGCAGCAAUCCUAAAUACUGGUUAAAGGUUCAGGAAGGAGGAGAGGUGCUUUUAUCACUUCUGCAGCAUGGCCCUUGGAGCUCAAUGCACAAUUUCCAGAAAGGGCAAUCAGUUGACAACACUCGUCAGCACCCGUACUAUCAGGCCAUUGCACUGCACAUAUGGAAGGUUGACAAAAAGCGCUUUAACUUGACACGGACACUGAACUCGACGCCCUGUGCAUCCUCACUCACACACACAUAUGAGCGUGAGGUGGUGGUACACGCACACUUAAGUGCAGGGUUCUACUUGCUGGUGCCCAGCACCUUCCUACAGGGGGCACAGGGGCAUUUUCUUCUUCGAGUGCAUGCUACAUGCUCCACUUUCCUCAGUGCAGUAAAAGUGAGUGUGCAGCAAGAGUGUGGAGGUGGAGAAUGGGAGUUGGAAAGUGUAAGCGGCUGCUGGACAGUUGGCUCUACAGCUGGAGGAAGUCGGAACUUCCCAUCACACGGGAAGAACCCUCAUGUUCCCCUCAUAGUCACUUAUGAUCCGGGGGGGACAAAUGUAAAAGUCACACUAUGCCAGCAUAGCCCAGAGAACACUCUUCAUGCCAUUGGCUUUCAUAUUUAUAAGGUUUCUGGUGAUGUGGAAUGCAUGGUGAUCUCAGGUAUGGUGUGCCCUGUGGUGAGUUGUGUUCCUCACGCUCACUCUCACGAAGUUAGUGUGCAGUGUAGACUGCCCCCUGCUGGCUAUGUCAUUUUGCCCUCUACAUACCAGCCAGACUGCGGCGCAGAGUACACACUCACCAUCGCACGGAAAAUACCAAGGAAGGCAAUAAGCUGUCAGGAGCAUUUGGGCCAGGCAGUUCAGGAGACUUCUCAUGUCUCUGUGAUGGGGCUGUAGAGUUUUGGAGAGGGGGGAUGCUCUCGCAGUCUCCAGCUUUCUGCUGACGUGGGUCAUUUGAUACUGGCUAUAGAUGAAAGCCGAUGAGUUUACACCACGUUUAGCACAUCUUGUCUACUGAGCCAACUCUAAUGAAAGCCGAUGGCACUCUGCCCUGCCAUCUUUUAGGAGCUAUUGAAGCUGCCGCCCACGCCAUGGUCUCUCUUUUGGUUUUUACAAGCACUGUGCUGCCAUACAAUGAUCAGCUAGAAAGCAAAGUGUCCCAUCAUCAAAGACAAAGAGAUCACUCAGGGAGAGAGUUACCGGCUGACCCAUACAGAGCUGGUGUGCCUGCCAAAAGCUAAACCAGGUUUGAGAGAGAAAGAGUGAUGAACAAGUCUGUUCUCAUUCCUUCUGCAGAGGCAAAUGGCUGUUUUUGCACAGCACAUUUUUAUAUCCCAAGUAGGUCACAUACAAUGUUUUACUUUAUUUAUUUUACUCUGGUACGAACCCAAUACAAGUGUCUACUUCCCUUUGCUCUGCUUGUAUAUUGUAUGUUUUUAUGUUUACAAUUGAACAAGUAAACUGGUGCACAGAAAACACGUGUUUAAAAGUGCCAUACUAUACUCCGUUUCUAAGAAGGUUACAUAGAUCUCAGGUGACUCAAAACAUGGAUGCUAAUGAUCAUGCUGAAAUAACACUCAGAUUAUUCAUUCUGCUGUGCCUAGAAGUCACUCUGUUACUUUCUUGUUUCAAGCUUUUUUUUUUUAUUUUCUGAAGCUUUAACAUGCAAAGGAGCUACUGUUGCCCUGAUGUCACUUUGAGAAAAUAAAAUUUUCCCGCCAAUCAGAACACAUGAAACUAAACUUUCCUAGCAUGCUAGCAUUGUUAUAUUAGAUUGAAUCCACAAUAAAUGCAGCAAAGUUGUAUGUCUGUUUUUGACAUGGAACCGUUCUUUAUACAGGACUCAUGUCUUUAUCAUACUUUGUGUAUGAAAAUGAGCAAUCUCACAGACUACUAGCCAUCCGUAUCAGAAAGACACACACACGGUAGCUAGCACUGUAAUCAUUAGCUAUCUAACUUGCUAAUAUGGCUAACCUAAAUUUCUUUAGCACUUAAGAAGCACAUUGUCUGGGAGAUUUAGCUCCAUAUCAGUUGUAAUUGAACUUCUAUACUGCUAAAUAGCAGUACACUCAGGAUGUCAUUGUGACACUCAGUAACAUUCAGGAUGUCAUUGUGAAGUGACACUUCUACAUCCACAUGCAAUAGAUCUGUUUACUCCUUAAAUCACAUAUUUUGUUUCCAAACAAUUUUUAGAGUUAUUACUCCGAUAGCAGAUAACUUCAAUUCAGAUCCGCUUGGCAUCCCACAUCACAUCCGCCAAUAACGGGUCUGAGUUUUCUGCUCUUUUAGAAGCACUAUCCAACUUAAUACUAAAGUGAAAAUGGCUUAAAAAUGCACACAAAUUCUCUUAUACAUUAUGACUAUUCUUCUAAAUUAGUAGCUCAAGGAUUUAUUUUGCUUUACCAUCCAAUACAAGAUACUAUUGUGACCAAGUUCAUGUGUCAACAGGCAGACCUGGUAAAAAAAAAAAAAAGUGGUAAAAUAACUUAGAGUAAAACAUUUCAGGGCAUAAAAAACUUCAGGCCUAUAUGAGUAAGAAGAUUUUGAACCAUUUACAUGUAGGCAUUUGGCUGACUCUCUUAUUCAGUGCUUUAAAGUUAGUCAUCGGAUAGAUCCUUACAUUGGGUUACUAGGCUACUAACCAGAAGUAUCAUCAGUCAAUAUACAAUAAUUUUAGCAUAAAUCUCUGUCAUUCUUGAGAACUGGGAUAAAACAUGUUUAGCACAUAAUGUGUUUUUCUUUAAAAAACUGAAAUAGUUUAUAUUUUGAUUAUGAAAAUUUUUAAGCUAAAUUACUAGCUGAAACAAUUUAGCAUGACAAUUCUUUUUCCAGUCCUACUUAAAAUGAUGUUUAUUUUAUAUUUUAAGUGUCCCAACCA